AUGUUUAAAUCAUUAACUAGAACUGCUAUAAGAUAUAACAGUACAGUUGCUAAAACAGCUCCAAGAGCUUUAUCAAAUGCAUACAUUGGAAAUUUAGAAUCAAGAUGGACAUCAUUACCAAAAGAAGAUCAACAAAGUUUAAUAGAAGAAUUAAAAGUUAGACAAGAAUUACCAUGGCAAGAAUUAACUCCAGCUGAAAAAAAAGCAGCUUAUUAUAUUUCAUUUGGUGAAUGGGGUCCAAGAAAACCUUUAUAUGGACCUGGUGAACAAUCAAAAGUAUUUUGGGGAACCGCUGGUUUAAUUGUAUUAUCAGCUGUAUUAUUCUUUGGUAUCAAACAAUUAGCUCCACCUCAACCACAUACAUUAAAUAGAGAAUGGCAAGAAGCUUCUGAUGAAUAUUUAAAGUCAAAGAAUGCAAAUCCAUUUUCAGGUUAUUCACAAGUUCAAUAA